AUGCUGUCCAUUCCAAGAGGACCGCCCGCAAUCGUGCUGGGACCACACCUUUAUUCUUUGUCCAACCAUGGUGCGUUUCAUCGCUACUCCGCUGCCAUCUCCCGCCUGUUCAUUUACUGUGAUACUAGUACGGGCAUUGCUAAUGUGAAUGCCUACCAGACCGAUUCUCCUGACCGCUAUCGGUGGCCCAAUAUCUCAGCACGGCUGCAAAAUCUCAGAAACCUUCUCAGUUCCGAGCGCCAUCUAGGCGCCGACCAACGACGGGCAUUCGAGGCAAUUGAUCGAGAGAUGGAUCAGAUGGCAGCCGACCGAUUAGCUGCCCGUGAAAGACGGAGAAGAGGUGAUCCCGAGACACACAUCCAAGACAGAGAUGCACACUCCGUAUCGGAGAGUCCUCCUCAGUCUGCUACUUCUGCCAGCCUUGUCCGGGCCCGAAGAAGAGCUGUCCGACCGAGCGAACGGCUGCAACGAUAUCAGAGAGAAAGAAUCGGGCAAAGCGGCAGAGCAGCUACCUCGGAUACAUUCGUCUCGCCAUCGGAACUCUCACCUGCGUCUCCAGCCCAGACCAGUCGAGGCGAUCGCUUGAGGCCGAAGCGGCGAAAGUUAGACGAUGGUUCUUACGAGGAGAACAAUCAAACCUUCAGCUAUGGACAUUUGGGACAAGUGAUACCCGGUCAACUUCGAAUGGAAGUUGCCAGUUGUGAUGGUGGAGAGUACUCUGACCCGCAUGUCCCCGUCAAUUCCUAUCCCCAGAAUGUCCUCCGGGACGACAAUACUGUCUAUUGCACCAAGAACAACAGAUGUAAUCUGGUCCUCAAACAUGUCGGCGGUAUGCCGUUCAGCUUGACCCAAAUAGUUGUCAAGGCCCCUGCAACUGGUUACGAUUGUCCCAUCCAAGAAGGCAUGGUUUUUGUUGCUAUGGACGACGAGAAGCUCCUUGACAACACAUCGAGGUAUGAGAUACGCUGGUCUCCCAAAGCGUAUCGCCAUUAUCCCGGACGGGCGGAGGGAGUCAGCCUCUCCGAAGAAUACUUCCAGUUAGCAAGAGCCGCUCACGAUCCUAUUGAUCGGUCGUUGUUUCUAAACAACCCAGCAAAUGAGGAGGAGGCGGAGGGCCAGGAGGACAACGACGAUGACCUGGGCGUCUCUCUUGUUCCUGGAUUCACCGUUUCGGUUGCAGAUCGCUCUGACGAAGAGGACGUGAGACGAAGCCAAUCUCCGAUUCCGCCGUGGCAAGAUGAGGAAUAUUCGCUCAGGGCGUAUGUUGACCGGCCUCGGCCUGUUUAUCUGGCGAGUGAACGGAAUGACGGCCUCUGGUCCAGCUCAAGCGACUCUGAGGGAUAUGAGCCGGAGGCUGAACCUCUGGAUGAUCGGGAACGUCACCGACGACAAGUUCUCGAAACCGAAAGCAAUCUGGCACAGCGGAAUCGCCUCCUGGAUCUCAUGCGCGCGCAGCAGAUUCGGGAUAAUGAUGAGGUUUUCGGACGUCGUGGUCAUCAAGAAGGACGUGAUGACGAGAUUGGUCUACAUAACCGUCGCUCGACACCGAGCAGAAUCGAGUUGCGGUCUUUUACACCUACUGGAGGAGCACCUAACCCACCUGAUCGUUCGGAGGAGCAUCCCAGCACAUCAAUGGGCUCUGGUGAACCAACUUCUAAGCAUUUUGUCAGCCAAGCUGGUGGGAGCUCGUCCAGCAGGUCUGAUGUUAUACCGCCACAUGCUCGGUUUUUCAUCAACCGGACCAAUUGCAGCACUACCAUCAAGUUUGACCCUCCGAUCUCUGGUCGAUUCAUUCUCAUCAAACUAUGGGCACAGUGUCCCAGUGCGAACAUUGAUGUUCAAGCCAUUCUUGCUUAUGGAUAUGGAGGGCCUCGGUUUUUCCCAAGCACAGGAUUCCGCUGA